CGUCACUUCCCGUCGGCGUUUCUGUGUUUGGCGCGUUUUCCCCCUCCCUGCUAGGCUAGUCUUCUGGGGUUUCUCUCUCCAGUGGAGAUGAUUUUGCCCUGCGUGGUGAGAAGUCUGCUAUUUAGGCUGCGGGGUCUGUAGCCCUUCUGCAGACCAUGUUCUCGGAGCAGGCUGUCCAAUCUGCGCAGAGCCUCCUGACCUGUCCGUCUGCUGUGGCCUCUACCUUUGACCGGGUACCCAUCUCCACCUAUACCAACUGCUCCCAGAACUUCAGACUUGGGGAGCGGACUUUCAGUCGGCAGUAUGCCCACAUCUAUGCCACACGCCUCAUUCAGAUGAGACCAUUAUUGGUGGAGAGAGCCAGGCGCAAAUGGGGGAACAACAUUACAGUGAAGAAGCUGUGUGACCUGCAGAUAGCAGAGAAAUGCUGUGUGGUGGGGACACUCUUCAAGUCUAUGCAGCUUCAGCCCUCUAUCCUGCGAGAAAUCAGCGAAGAGCACAAUCUGCCGCCACAGCCUCCCCGCGCCAAGUACAUCCACCACGAUGAUGAGCUGAUCUUGGAAGACGAGCUGCAGCGAAUCAAACUGGAGGGAGCCAUACAAAUCAACAAGCUGGUGACGGGGACCAUACUUGCUGUCUACGGCUCAGAGAGGGAUGAUGGCAAGUUCCUUGUUGAGGACCACUGCUUUGCAGAUAUGCCUACCCAGCUGCCCAUGAUGGGGCCUAGCACAGACAGGUUUGUCUUGCUGGUGUCUGGCCUUGGCCUUGGUGGCAAGAGCGGAGAGAGUCUUCUGGGCAUGCAGCUCCUGGUGGACAUGGUGACUGGGCAGCUGGGUGCUGAGGGAGAGCAGUGCAGUGCAGCCCUCAUCUCCAGAGUCAUUCUGGCGGGCAAUUUGCUCAGCCAGAAUACUCAGAGCAGAGACACCAUUAACAAGGCAAAGUACCUAACCAAGAAGACUCAGGCUGCCAGCGUGGAGGCUGUGAAAAUGCUGGAUGAAAUCCUGCUGCAAUUGAGCAUGUCUGUGCCUGUAGAUGUGAUGCCUGGUGAGUUUGAUCCCACCAACUACACUUUGCCCCAGCAGCCGCUGCAUCGCUGCAUGUUUCCCCUGUCGAGCGCCUACUCCACACUGCAGCUGGUUACCAACCCUUACCAGGCUAACGUUGAUGGUGUCAGGUUUUUAGGAACCUCUGGACAAAACAUCAGUGACAUCUUCAAGUAUAGCAGCAUGUCUGACUAUCUAGAAAUUUUGGAAUGGACGUUGCGGAUUGGGCAUAUCAGUCCUACAGCCCCAGACACACUUGGCUGUUACCCGUUUUACAAGACCGAUCCCUUCAUCUUCACCGACUGCCCUCACGUCUAUUUCUGUGGGAAUGCACCUUACUUCAAAUCCAAGGUUGCCAAAGGUGAUGAUGGUCAGAAGGUCUUGUUGGUGACCCUUCCUGAUUUCAGCACGACACAGACUGCUUGCUUGAUCAAUCUGCGUGACCUCACCUGCCAGCCGGUCAGUUUCUCUGCCUUCAGUGCCAAUGACGAUGAUGGGGAAGAAGAGACAGUAAUGGAGACUGGCCACUGAGAGGCAUGUGAUACUGCCUUCUUCUCUAGAACUUAGAGCCAUUGUCUGCUCCCCAUCCCUGGGCAUUUCCUGGGUAUUUGAACCUUUGACUCAGACAGAGGAAUACAAUAAAAUAGAACACCUGCUUCCUCUUUGUGCCUUGGUAGUUGGCUCUCUAGAAUUAUUUUAUACAUAUGAUUAAAAAACAAAUGCAGAAAU